AUGGUUCAGAAAGGAGAAAUACGACCCAUACAUUUUUGUUGAAUAUGACGACAAGGCUUUGAAAGCAGAUUAGAAGUUGCCAAAUUUGUUCAAGGGCAAUGACGAUGAAACAACAACCAUCUCGCCAAAGUUGGGCACCGAGAUUAAAGGCGUGCAAUUAUCGGAAUUGAACGAUGCUGGCAAGGAUGAACUUGCGUUACUUGUUUCACAACGAGGGGUAUUGGUUUUCAGAGACCAGGACUUUGUUUCCGAGGGGCCCAAAUUCUUAUCCAAUUACGUCAAAUACUUCGGAGAAACGCAUAUCCAGCCCGCAUCGGGAGCACCACAGGACCAACGCGACAUCCACUCGGUAUUGACAGGCGGAACCAGUGACGAUUUCUACGCGAAAAAGAAUAACUUAGUUCAAUGGCAUUCAGACGGUAGUGGCGACUUGAACCCCACUGCGAUAUCCUUCUUGACCGUGACAAAUAUCCCAGCCACCAACGGAGGAGACACUAUUUUCGCCAGCAACAUUGAAGCAUACGAAAGGUUGUGCCCCUUGUUUAAGCAGAAAAUCGAAAAUUUGCAAGCCUACCAUAGCGCUAUUGAUCAGGCAAACAAGGCUAUUGUGAAAGGAGGUUACGUCAAGAGACACCCUGCGACAAACACUCACCCCGUGGUUAGAACUGCACCCACGGGACGAAAAGUCUUGUGUGUCGAUGGUGGGUUCACUAGAAAAAUAGUUGGUCUAAAGGAUGAAGAAUCCAAUGCACUACUCAAAUUCCACCUUAACCACAUCAGCAAUGGCCACAACAGCGCGUCACGUGACGUGCAAAUGAUUGGAGAAGUGGGCGUGGAGCCCCACACAGUUGAGUGCGAGACUUUUGGCAGAUAA